AUGCGCUCCUCUUUGACAAAUCGGCUGCUUGACCUACCAAAUGAAUUGCUCGAUAUCAUUCUGCCGUUCGUCGACGCGUCUUCGCUGGCCUGUCUGAGUCGCGUCUGCAGGACACUGCAGCUGCUCGUCGAACCGCAUCUGUACCACACCGUCUCGCUACGAAAUAACCACAGGGACACCAUCAGCAAUGCCAUUGAACGCAUUCCUGCUCGAGCGGAGUUUGUGCGGGAACUGUGGAUACAUUAUCACGAUGUCGCCGAUGAAACGGAUGCUCCGAUGCAGCUCGAAGCGUUGUCGCCAACCAUCGCUCAAUUGUACAAUUUAGAGUCGCUACUUAUCAAAGGAGUCAAUGACGGAGGUCCAAUGUCUCUGGGCUUAUAUCGCUACAUGGAGCAGUCGAAAAAGUUUGAGGAUCUGUUGCUGGAGGCUACAAUGCCAGAUUCCCAAGUUCUUCGGUCGUUGCGAACAUGUACCAUCAAUCUGAGCGAACAGGGAAGUUGGGAGCUUGCCCAGCUUGACGCCCUUUUUUUACUUCCAACCUUACGACGUCUCACCAUUGCCAAUGCUCGCAUGGCCUGCUUCACCUCGUUCAGUUCUGCAGAACCACGCUCGACGGAUCUUCGGGAACUGAUACUGAUCACUUGUGACAUUCGACCUUCCCACCUCCGUGAUAUCCUCUCAAUGCCCAGGGCCCUUGAACACUUUACCACCAAGGGAUCGGCCUGGCGGGCCCGCAGCGUAUCGGGAGACGACCGCGCUUCGAAUUUGGACGCCCUACGUAUGCACGCUUCGUCGCUUGUCACCUUGGAUCUGGAUUUGUUCCUUGACGACGACAGACCGCCGAUACAGCCACUGGCAUUUAUCGACUUUGUGGCCCUGCGGCGGCUGGCAAUUGAAUUGUGGAUCAUACGUGGGCAUAUUGAGCAAGGAAUCUUGCCACAGAAGGCACUUCUCCCACGGAGCAUAGAAGAGUUGACGCUAAAGUGCGCUAUCCAACACGUUGAUCUCGAGUCAUACUACCUCGAGCCGAUAUACCGGUGGCUGCAGGAGGGGGCUCUUCCUGAACUGAAGAAGAUUGUUCUUGAGACAACAAGCCCGAUUCCAAAUGUACCGAAAGCAAUGUUCCGUGGCGGUCAGACUGUUGGGCGGGCCUUUGCCGCUGCUGGAGUAGACUUGUCCAUGAUGGAAGAGGCUCCAGGAGGAUAUGUUCCCUUUGAGUGCGAUUGUUGCUGGUAUCGGUACCGAAAUCCAGGAUGGAGGUUAGCAUAUACCAAUUUCUAUUGA